CGACUAUUGAAAACACCAUCCACAUUCAAGAACUCAGUAUGGCGAAAGCGAAGACCUCCAAGGGAGCUGUCAAGGUACCCAACAAAGCUGUUCAUAGUAGAGUCUCAUUUCUCUUCCAAGCUGCAUCAUACUUGGCGACUCAGCAUUCCGAACCGUCUGGCACGAAACAAACAGCUGCUGAAGCCUCAGAGACACUUGAAAAACCUGCCGAAAAAGUUGCCACGAGACCCCUAUCACGCCGGCUUGCUUCCGACUUGCGCUCAGUCACACUUAAAGCUCAAUUGCGAAUUUCACCGCAAAUGAAGCGUAAGAUAUGCAAAAAUUGCGACACUAUCCUCAUUGACGAAUCCACCUGUAUGAACGAACUGGAGAACAAAAGCAAAGGUGGCAAGAAGCCUUGGGCAGAUAUCCUUGCGCGGAAAUGCAAUACUUGCGGCGUUGUGAAGAGGUAUCCUUUGAGCGCGCAAAGACAGAAAAGGCGUCAUCUUCGAACACAAAAUGGGGAUAUAGCUGCUGAGAGCGCACAACAGAAUAGUAACACAUCAGAGGAAAGAAGCUUGAAAUGAACAAUCAAGAGGCAUGGUCGAAGAGCUCCGUCUUGCAGAUACUAAUGAGAACAGCCCUUGGAGGGAAGACAGCGCGUCAAAGGGCCGCCGGUUGGACCAGCACUACUGGACGCGUUCUGAUCAUAUACGAUCUUACUGGGGAAAGGAAGUCCUGAAAGAAAACAGCAUUUGCCCAGGUACAACUCUUCCUCGAGGAGUGGAAUUCAGGCAUAAGAUUGCUGCAGUACCGGGGGAUAUCUAGCAGCUGGGUUGCAGCUCAUGGUCAGAUCGAAAACAUGGUGGUUUGGAGGAGGAAAUAUUCUUCUGAAAGACGAAAGCGGCCGCACUUUAACCUUGUUCUUAUACUCCUACGUAGGUUGAGUUCUCAACCCGAGGAAAAGCCGGAGAGAAAGCUGCAAUUCCUUGAGGACAAAUGCAAUGCACCUUAAUUCUUACUACAAGACAGUCUACGCAAUCAUAAGGUGUUUGAUAG